CUCUGAAAACAACUUCUGCCGAGAAAUGAUCCGCGAUUCUUGCCGUCCGUUCGUCGUCUCAUCACGGUUGGGCCGAAGCUGAGCCGAGUUUUCAAAAAAAAACUUUUAAGUUUUCGACGCCGCUUGGAUUUUGUGCCCAUUUCCACCUCUGUCCGGCCGACGGUGUCGUGGCACACUUGAAACGCGACUGCUGCUCCGGGGUUGUUGGUUGGCAGGCAAGAAAGUUUAAAAUUGUAAAAACAUUUUUUUUAAAGGAGACUAAAAAAAAAGGCUCGCUUUGAAACAAAAAGCCAACAGCAUGGGAACCGCGAAUAGCAAGAGGAAAUCGAAGCGUGAAGCGCAGGAAAAGAACAACAACGCCAGUCUGAAAAAAAGGCCGUCACUGAGGGCUCACACGCCUCCAGAACUUCUCAAAGCUGCCGGAUUGCUGGACACUGGUGAUGCUCCCGCCACGGCGGCCGUCGCGAGCGAGGCGAACGCGACCACAGAUCAAGCCGAUGUGGCGGAUAUCGACAAAUACAAGCGCUACACGAUUAACAUUCCAGCUCCGGACUAUGAAGUACUGCAAAAGCGUGCUCGCCAGAGGACCAUGAGUGACCCCGACUACCCCGAUGAAUGCCCAGACCUCAUCAAACCCAAAAAGCUGAUGAGCCCCCUCCACACCUCGCCCAGCUACAAGGAGCUCACGAGGGAACUCAUCAUGAACCAAAAACAAGGGGUGCUCCUGCGCACCAAGCCCGAGCUGCAGAAGGUGAUGGAGCAGAGACGGAGGGACCAACACUUCCAUCAACGCAACCUCGAUGCCCAGAGGCCCAAGUCCAUGUUCGACGUGGAGCUGCUCAAGAGAUACGAGAAGAUCGAGCAGACUGAAAAGGAAAGGGAGAAGGCGGUGGAGGACGUGGAGAACGGAAAUGUGCCGGAGUUCGUGAAAGUCAAAGAACGGCUGAGACCAAUGUCGAUGGUGUUGACCACAGAGCAAAUAAUUUCGUUGGAAACGCCUGCAGAGCAACUGUGACCAGUCCCCCCCAUGGGUGGAAAAAAAACCGAUUUUUCCAGCGGCAGGCAUUGGGUUUUUUCUUUAAUACAAUUAAAUCCGAUUUCGGGGAUUUAAAACCUGGUUUAAUGAAUACGGAACUCUGAUCCAAGGCUUAGGCUGCUUCCUCGUCGGUGCUGCUAUCGUACUCGGGGGGGCCGUCGGGCACGGGGUAGUCGUAGAAUGCGGCGGGCAGGUUGGUCUUGAUGAACACGAGGAGCUUCUCCUCCACAAUCGUGGGCGCCAGUGAGUUCCUUCGCUUGGAAUGGAUGAAGCCCAUCGUUGAGAUGUGCGGUUCUGCAAUUAGAACCAAUUAAACCGGAUUUCUCCCAAUCUCAGAUGAUCGGGUUUAAUAUAAAAAGACAAUUAGACCCGAUUGUAAAAAACCCGACUGUGCCACCCUUGGUCCCCCCAACGCCGCCUGCUGGAUCACACAACAUGAAAAAAGCAGCUGCAAAAAUAUUAUUUAAAGCUGCUCGUCCGCCUUCCUUCAGAAGCGGAGUGCCCAACUGUUUGAUCAGUUCCUGCAAACAGCGAAAGAAAGAAGCUCCUUUCCAGCAAUAUCGUUGACUUUCUGGUUUUUGAAGAAUCGGAUUUAGUUUUUUCUUGGUCGUUUCAAGUGAAUGCUAACAUUCUAAAGCAUCCUGUGACUUAAGAACUGGAAACUGCACGUGGAUUAUAGCGGUUCGCAAUGUUUAACCUUGCUUUUAUGUUUUGGAAAAAAUGCUAUAUGCAGUGUCUCCUAGCUUUUUUGGGGAUUAAAUGACGAUUUUCUUUCAAAAGCAUGGUAUUUUUUUAAAACGAAUACAGUCUUUUUAAAAUGUAACAUGGCAUUUGCACCAUGUACAUUGGCGAAUUCUAGAUUGUGGGGAUGUCAACAUGAAUCUGCCAAAAAGUAAAUAUGACAACGAUAAAGAUCCCCCAUAUAACUUUUAAAAGACUUGGGGCAAGUGCUGUUAGCGAGCACCUCCGAAGGCUGGCACAGUGCAUGAGGGAGUGGGUGUUCACUCCACGCCCGGUCACAUUUGUCUCUAACGUGGCGAUAUUUACACACUGCAUCAGCUACUCAUUUGAGGCUGGGUAGACCUAGAGGAGGCCCAGGAACGGUUAAGAUAAAUGUCACUGGUGUUGACCAUGAAUCGAACUCGGGUCGCCGGUUUCGUAGCGUAGCGCACUAACCGCUACACAACCGUUUCCCAUGUUUGUAUAUACAAUAAUAUAUAUAUACCCAUAUAAUAAACAUGCAGUAUUGAGAUUUAGCUGGGGCGGCCUAUCAGAAAUAGUUUUGGUUUGCCAUGUCCAUAAAAAUUAAACUUUAUAAUGAAAUUGGCAAUGUGAUGGACGGUCGAAUGAGCAAGUUCAAGUGCGGUAGACGGAGACAAUUAGAUUGCUUUGCUCUCGGGCGCGGGCUAAUGUAUUGCUUGUGGGUUGCCAGCUCUGAUUAAAAAAAUAAGAAGAGACAGUUUCGCCUCGGGUAGAACAGGGUUGGGCUGGAAAUGACUUGGUGGGGCGGAGAAUGAUUUAGGGUUCGUUUCGGUGAGUCAUUUGGAAAGAUUAUUCAAUUGUAAGAGAGAUUCAAUUAAAUAAUGUACACAGGUGUUGCGGCUUGGUGAUUUAGACACCCGUUUCACCAACAGAGAAGACUAAUUGAUUGAUACAGCCCACGAUUGCGGCGGCAGUGAUUUGAGCAGAUUUGCAAACACUGAACUUAGUUGAUUUUUAUUGACAUCUGGCUGCUGUGACGAUUCAUGCAAUCGGAAUGAGGUGCGAUCACUUUUCAGGUAUAAACAGCUCCACAUGCACACUACGAUGGCACCGUUGUCGGUUUCCUUCUGAUCGUUUUGACCAAGUCUGGUACUCAAAUGAUUGUUUAUAUCCCAGAAUGUAUUAUAACUAUAACCCUGUGUUUUAUUUAUCCGUAAAAGGAAUGACCCAGAAGUGUCAAAACAAAAUCCCAUUAAUGUUUAUCCAGCAAUGAGAGGAUCAUCCACGCAGAAGUACUGUAGUGGGAAAUUCAUGGCAUUAUCCAUGCAUACACGUUACCUAGAAGCGGUCUCCCAGAAGUGACGAAUUCAUCAUAUUACCUAUACCGUUUUCAACACGUAAAGAGGAAUACGCUGGAAAUUGCUGAAAAUAUAGUCCACUGGCUCUGUUUAUCUGUGGAUAACCACACGAAGAAAUAAUCAUUUACAGUCCUUUGUCAAUCCCAGCUCUGGUGGGUUGGUUAAGGGGAAACGUGGCCCGGAACGGGUUCAAAUAUCGCUCGCCACUGAUGUUAUCUGUGGCUAGGAAUGGAACGCAGGCAGCUAGGUUGAAAGCACAGUGCGCUAACCAUUGUACUACUUCUCGACCGGUGUAUAUGAGGAGUUAUUGGCCUGGAUAGGCACGGAUAAUGGACUAGGCACGGAUAAUGGGCUCUGCCGAUAGUGCCCCCACAUUCUUAGAGAUUGGUAUUAUUGAGCUUUUAGCAGGGAUUUUGUUUUAAAGUGGACAAUACUGGCCAGGAACCCACCUGGCCCGGCUUUCUAGAGCUCUGAUAAAGCAAGUCGACCCUGCACACUGGGACAGUGCACGGGGUCCUUCCAGGGUUCAGCUAACGAGCUAUGGAUUCUUAAGUGGAAUGGUUGCACUUUAAUUGGGAAAUGUGUGUUUCUCAGCUGUUUUUUGCAGUAUUGCUCUCAACAUUAUUGUUAUUUGUAAGUUUUAAGAAUAUUUUAAUGGAACUCUCGCCUGUACUGGCCGUUGCUGACUUGCCAGCAGUGAAACUGUAAGUAAGAACAGGUGAUUAUAUUAUUUCUGACAAGUUUAAAUGAAAUGCUAAUAACUCAAAACAUAGAUAGCCUUACAUUUAUCAUUGACAUUUGAAAAUUUGCAUUGUAAUUUUCUAUAUGAACCAACUAUAGUAUAUUGUACAGUGUAUUAUUGCAUAUUUACCCCAUACUUCUGUAUUUUGAACACUAUUAGCAGUUUCAUGUACCAAAGGUUUGUUUUACAUGUACUGCCAACACAUGUAUGCAGUUUCUAUUAAAACUUUGAUCUCGGAGAAGAACAAUCACACGUGUGUGUGUGUGUUUUAAAGGUAUCAAAGAUAAGUCAUUUUCCUAGUAAAUAAAAGGAUGCUUUGUGUAUGUGGGAUAGUUGACUCUAUGCUGGAGGGUGAUGAGUGUUAAACAUAACUGCACAGCAAUGUUUAAUGAUGCCUUUAAUGCAAACAAAA